GGACCAGGGCGCAGCGGGGGGCGACCUUUGCGCGGGGCGGGGCCGGGCCGGGCUGGGUCCUUGGCAAACGCCCCCCUCCCGCCCAGACGCGCCGCCGCGGAGGAGCCGAGCGCCCUGGAGGCCGCGCUGACGCCGAGACGGGGUCCGGGCGCCGCCACCAUGGACAUCCCACCGCUGGCCGGCAAGAUUGCGGUUCUGUCGCUCGGCGCCCUCCCGGUGUCCUACGCGCUCAACCACGUCUCGGCGCUCUCGCACCCGCUGGGGGUGGUGUUGAUGAGUGCCCUGAUCUUGGGUCUGCUCUUUGUGGCUAUCUACAGCUUGUCCCGCGGGGAGAUCUGCUAUGACCCGCUCUAUGCUGUAUUCGCUGUCUUUGCCUUCACCUCAGUGGUAGACCUCCUUAUUGCCCUCCAAGAAGAUGGCUAUGCGGUGGGCUUCAUGGAGUUCUACACCAAGGAGGGCGAUCCGUACUUGCGCACUGCACAUGGAGUCUUCAUCUGCUACUGGGACGGCACUGUUCACUACCUCCUCUACCUGGCCAUGGCUGGUGCCAUCCGUAGAAGGAAGAGGUACCGGAAUCUUGGACUCUACUGGCUGGGAUCCUUCAUCAUGAGCAUCCUCGUGUUCCUCCCAGGAAACAUCCUUGGCAAAUACAGCUCAGAGAUCAGGCCUUCCUUCUUCCUUGCCAUCCCCUAUGUGCUGGUCCCUUGCUGGGCUGGCAUGAGGGUCUUCAGCCAGUCCCAGGCGCCAACCUGUUGCACCCCCAACGUGGCGCAGGAGGAACAAAGAAAGGGCCUCCUGCAGCGCCCCAUUGACCUGGCCCUCGUCAUCUACCUCGCCCUUGCUGGGUUCUUCACCCUCUUUCGGGGACUGGUGGUGCUUGACUGCCCCACAGAUGCCUGCUUUGUCUACAUCUAUCAGUAUGAGCCAUACUUGCGAGACCCCGUGGCCUAUCCAAAGGUGCAGAUGCUGGUGUACAUGUUCUACGUGCUGCCCUUCUGUGGCCUGGCUGCCUAUGCCCUCAUCUUUCCCGGCUGCUCCUGGCUGCCUGACUGGGCCUUGGUGUUUGCUGGAGCCAUUGGCCAGGCACAGUUCUCGCACAUGGGUGCCUCCAUGCACCUGCGCACGCCCUUCACCUACCGUGUGCCCGAUGACACCUGGGCCUGCUUCUUCGUGUGCAACCUGCUGUAUGCACUGGGCCCCCACCUGCUGGCCUAUCGCUGCCUGCGGUGGCCCGCCUUCUUCCUGCGCCCGCCCCCUGGCGCCCCGGCCCACCACAAGAAGCAGCACUGAGCAGGCCGUGGGACUCCCCAGAACUCGGUUUACAUGCCUGGCAGGCCCUGCCCUAGGAAGGGUGGGUUGGGUUUUUUAGAGGAAGCAGGUACAUCUCUGGGGUGUCUUCGGUCCUGGCUAUGGUGGUUUCAGGCCAGGGGGUGGGAUGGGAGACCCAAGCACAGAAGGCCACAGCCAUGCUCAACUGUCAGGAUGCCCCAACCCCACAUGGACUCUUCUAAUCCCUCCUAGAAUUUACCCAUCAUCCUCCCAUGGAUCCUUUUAGUAAAAACCCUUUUGAUGCCCAAAAUGUUGCUGCCUGAGUGUUUCAGGAUGCAGGGGCAAGGGACCUGCUUCUCAGACCCCACAAGGGCCUACCCAUCACUGCCAGUAUGCCCGUCAGGAGCUGGAGGUGCUGGACAGCAGAAGUCUGCCUCUGGUUCCUGUGCAUGGCUCCAUCUCCCAGACCAGGAAAACCGAGGCUCAGAGAGGACCAGACACCCGCCUGA